ACACAACCAGCAGAGAGCCGCAUUUCAGAGGGAUCAGAGUCACCUUGAGGCCGCCGGUCAUGGGUUUGACCAAGCAGUACCUGCGCUAUGUGGCCAGUGCCGUGUUUGGAGUCAUCGGCAGUCAAAAAGCUAACAUCUCUUACGUGACCCUCCGUGGGGGGGAGAGGGGGCGCUACGUUGCUGUGGCUGCGUGCGAACAAGUCUUCAUCUGGGAUACCCGCAAAGCAGAGAAGGUCCUGAUCCUGCAGGGACAGAAACACGAGGUGACCUUUCUAUGCCCCUCACCCGAUGGCGUCAAUAUCGCCGUGGGCUACGAGGACGGUGCCGUGCGGAUUUUCAGCCUGUUGAACGGCGAGAGCAACGUCUCCUUCAACGGCCACAAGUCCGCCGUCACCGUCAUACACUAUGACGCGCUGGGAGCACGACUCGUCACCGGCUCCAAGGACACAGAUGUGAUCGUGUGGGACAUUAUCAAUGAGUGUGGUCUGUACAGGCUGAAAGGUCAUAAAGACAUCAUCACACAGGCCUUGUUCAUCAAAGGCAAGAACCUCCUGGUCACCAGCUCCAAGGACAGCUUUGUGAAGUGGUGGGACCUGGACACACAGCAUUGCUUCAAGACUAUGGUGGGCCACCGCAGUGAGGUAUGGGGCAUGGCGCUGUUGAACCAGGAGAACAGGCUGCUAACAGGCUCAGCAGACAGUGAACUUCGAGCCUGGGACAUCAGCUACCUGCAGGAGGAAAAAGCUGAUGGUGAGCCCAAGGUGAAGAAAGGGAAAUCACUGCUGGAUGAUGAUGAUGAUGAUGAUGAAGAGAACAAGGAAGAGCUGGAUGAGAGUCCUGAAGAGCGGAUCUUGAGUUGUAAGAAAGCGGGCUCCAUCCUCAGAGACGCCCGAGAUCGAGUGGUGUCGAUGACAACAGACAGCAAGGCCCGAGUCAUCGCCUGCCACGGCAACGACUCAGUCCUGGAGCUCUUCACCGUGCUGUCAGAGGACGAAGUGCAGAAGAAGAUGACGAAGAAGCUGAAGAAAGCUAAAAAGAAGGCGGCCAAAGCUCAGGAUGAUGCAGAGGAGGAGACAGCAGAGCCAGUUGUGGAGAGGAUGCUGAAGGAUGAGAUCAUCAGACUGGUUAACAUCAAGGCCUCUGCCAAGAUCAGGUGGGUGGAGUGUCUGUCGUGCGCCGGCGGCGAGCUGAAGGUGGCGCUGCUGCUGCAGAACAACACCAUCGAGACCUACAGCCUCAAGACUUCAGACAAGACCCCCGCAGCCAAUAAGACGGCGCGCCUCACGCUGGGCGGCCACCGCACCGACGUCCGCACGCUGGCCUUCAGCUCAGACAACCUGGCCGUCCUCUCCGCCUCCGGAGACACGGCCAAAGUGUGGAACAGGUCGACUCUGCAGGUGGUUCGCACCAUGGCGUGUGAGUACGCCCUCUGCUCCCUCUUCGUGCCCGGAGACAGACAGGUCAUCCUGGGAACUAAGAGCGGUAAACUUCAGAUUUUUGAGUUGGCGUCAGGAAGCCUCCUAGAGACCGUAGAUGCCCACGACGGAGCAGUGUGGUCCAUCUGCUUGGCCCCAGACCAGAGGGGGAUCGUGACAGGAAGCGCAGACAAGACCGUGAAGUUCUGGGAGUUUGAGCUGAUCAAGGACCAGGGGACUAGCCAGAAGAGGCUGACAGUGAAACACACACGCACCCUGCAGUUGGAGGAAGACGUCCUGUGUGUGAAGUUUUCUCCUGACCACAGACUGCUGGCCGUCUCUCUGUUAGACUGCACUGUUAAAGUCUUCUAUACAGACACACUGAAGUUCUUCUUGUCUCUGUAUGGACACAAGCUGCCUGUACUCUGUCUGGAUAUCUCACAUGAUAACACAAUUAUCGCCACCGGCUCCGCUGACAGAAACUUGAAGAUCUGGGGUUUGGACUUCGGCGACUGUCACCGUUCCAUGUUUGCUCACGACGACAGCGUCAUGUUCCUCCAGUUUGUUCCCAAGACUCACCUGUUCUUCACCGCGGGGAAGGACAGGAAGAUCAAACAGUGGGACGCCGACAAGUUUGAGCUUAUCCAGACGCUCGAGGGCCACCACCGUGAGGUUUGGUGUCUGGCCAUCAGCCCCAACGGAGACCACAUCGUGUCAGCAUCCCACGACAAGUCCCUGCGCCUGUGGGAGAGGACCAGGGAGCCAAUCAUCCUGGAGGAGGAACGAGAAAUGGAGCGAGAAGCAGAGUUCGAGGAGAGCUUGGCCAAAGGAGAUAUGCCAGUGGUGCCUGGAGAGACUCAAGGGGAAGCAGCACCCGCUGCAAAGAAGACAGUUGAAACAGUCAAAGCUGCAGAGCGAAUCAUGGAGGCUCUGGAGCUCUACAAAGCAGAAGAAAGGAAGAUGGAAGAGUAUAAAUACGCUUGCAGGAGAGAAGGCAAAGAGCUACCUCUACCAAAACCUAACCCUAUUCUCGUGGCCUUCGGAAAUGUUUCACCGUCUCGCUAUGUUUUAGACGUCAUAAAGAAAGUCAGAUCCAGCGAGCUGGAGGUGUCUCUGUUGGUGCUGCCGUUCCCUUACGUCCCCCAGCUGCUGACGAUGUUUAACAGCUACAUCCAUCAGGGCCUGGAGGUGGAGCUGGUCUGCCGCUGCCUGUUCUUCCUGCUCAAGAUCCAUUUUGGCCAGAUCUCCAGUAACCAGAUGAUGCUGUCAGUCAUAGACGAGCUACGGACCAAUACUCUGUCAAAAGUGCAAGAGAUCAGAGACUUGAUGGGCUUCAACAGCGCCGCCAUGCAGUUCCUCCAGAGGGAGAUCGAGAGCAAAGAGGACGUGAUGUUCUUCGCCGACGCCACGGGGCAGCUGCAGGAGAAGAAGAAGAAGAGGAGGAAGAGAGAGCGAGCCCUUCUCACUAUCGCUUGAAUCAAAAAUGGACAUUUUUUGACUGUCUGUGCAUAAAAACAUGCGAUCCCCAUCUCCUCCCAGAUGUAUCCCAAGAGUCUGUUUUUUACACUCUAUGUUUUUUGGAAUGUUAUGUGAUCCUGAUAGGAUGUAACAUAUUCAAUAACACGCUUCAUUUCACAAA